UAUUUGACAUACUUCCGAACUGUGUGCAAGCUGUACAUCCUGAUCGGCAUUAUGAAGUGCUUCACCAUCGUCCUGGCUGUUUGCCUUGCUGGGGCUUACGCUGCAACUCUGAACGACGAACAAAAAGCUAGACUCAAGGGAUUCAAAGAAGGCUGUAUCACCGAAACUGGCGUAAGCGCAGACGUCGUCAAUUCCAUUAUCAAGGGAGGAGAAAUCAAGCGUGAAAAAAGUCUUGACUGCUUCUCCGCUUGUAUGCUGAAGAAGAUUGGAAUUAUGCGCGAUGACGGAAGCAUCGACGUAGAAACAGCUCGCACCAAAUCCCGAACCACCAAUGUGGACGUAGCCAAGGCCGACAAGGUUAUCGACAAGUGCAAAGAUCUCGUUGGCAAGGAUACCUGCGAGACUGGGGGUAACGUUUUCGCUUGUUUUAUCGUCAGCAAAGACUUCCCUGUUUUGGAUUAGGCGAGAUUGUGAUGUUUUUUUUUUAACGAAGAUCUGCAUUUGAUUUUUCUUCAACUUUGGUUUAUGUACUGAAAUACACGAACGAAUAAAUACUUUUCUC